AUGGGCGAGCGUUGUGGUGCGGUGCUGCGGGUGCUGGUGCUGCAGGCGGCCUGGGCGCUGGCGGGCGGGCAGGUGCGGUACUCGGUGCCGGAGGAAGCCAAGGCCGGCACGGUGGUGGGCCGUCUGGCGCAGGACCUGGGGCUGGAGGCGGGCGAGGCGGAGGCGCGGCGGCUGCGGCUGGUGGCGCAGGGCCGGCGGGCGAGCGUGGAGGUGAGCGGGGCGAGCGGCGCGCUGCUGGUGAGCUCGCGGCUCGACCGGGAGGAGCUGUGCGGCAAGAGCGCGCCGUGCGCGCUGCGCCUGGAGGUGCUGCUGGAGCGGCCGCUGCGCGUCUUCCAUGUGCAGCUGGAGGUCACCGACAUCAACGACAAUGCCCCCGUCUUCCCCGCCGCCCGAAAAAACCUCAGCUUAUCAGAGAAUUCGCCUCCUGGGUCUCGUUUCCCGCUGGAGGGCGCGUCGGAUGCGGAUAUCGGAGAGAAUGCGCAGCUCUCCUACACGCUCAGCCCCAGCGACCAUUUUGGUUUAGAUGUGAAAUCUAAAGACGAAAAUAAAAUCUCCGUACUUCUGGUACUCAGGAAACCUCUGGACCGGGAGACGAUUUCCGUGCAUCGGUUGGUGCUGACGGCGAGUGACGGGGGCCGGCCGUCUCUGACAGGGACAAUGGAGCUGCUGAUCUCGGUGCUGGAUGCGAACGACAACGCACCCCAGUUCAACCAGUCGGUGUACAAAGUUCAGCUACCUGAAAAUACUGCUCCCGGUACAGUGUUUUUCCAGCUAACAGCGACAGACGAAGAUGAGGGAAUUAAUCGCGAAAUCUAUUAUUCUUUUAAUGACGCGAUUUCCGGCAAAAUUAAUGACGUUUUCAAAAUAGACGAAAAUUCGGGGGAAAUAGAGACUGUCGGGGAACUGGAUUUCGAGGAUAUUCGAUCAUAUGACCUGGAUAUCGAAGUGAGAGAUAAAGGGACGCCUCCUCUUUCGGGGCAUUGCAGCAUUGAGCUGGAGGUGCUGGACGUGAACGACAACGCGCCGGAGGUGUGGGUGACGUCGCUGUCGGUGCCGGUGUCGGAGGACGCGUCGGUGGGGACGGUGGUGGCCCUGCUGAGCGUGUCGGACCGAGACUCGGGGGCGAACGGGCGCGUGCGGUGCUGGGUGUGGCCGGCGUCGCCGUUCGGUCUGGAGGCGACGUUCGCGGGCUCGUACUCGCUGGUGCUGCGCGAGGCGCUGGACCGGGAGCGGGUGUCGGAGUACGAGGUGGAGGUGCGUGCGGAGGACGGCGGGGCGCCGGCGCUGCGCGCCAGCCGCGGGCUGCGGGUGCCGGUGUCGGACGUGAACGACAACGCGCCCGCGUUCUCGCAGGCCGUGUACACGGUGCUGGCGCGGGAGAACAACGCGGCGGGCGCGGAGCUGGCGCGGCUGUGGGCGCGGGACCCGGACGAGGCGGGCAACGGGCGCGUGAGCUACUCGGUGUGGGAGGGCGGCGUGGGCGGCGGGGCCGCGGCUCCGUCGUGGUCGUCGGGGGCCGUGGGCGGCGGGUGGCGUGCGGCGUCGAGCUACGUGUCGGUGGACGCGGAGAGCGGGCGGCUGUGGGCGCUGCAGCCCUUGGACUACGAGGAGCUGCAGGUGCUGCAGUUUGAGGUGCGCGCGGUGGACGCGGGGGAGCCGCCGCUGUGCGGCAACGCCACGGUGCAGCUCUUCGUGCUGGACGAGAACGACAACGCGCCGGCGCUGCUGCUGCCGCCCGCGGGCUCGGCGGCGGAGGCGGGCGCCGUGGCGGCCGAGGCGUCCUCGGGGCCGGGCUCGGGCUCGGGCUCGGGCUCGGGCUCGGGCUCGGGCUCGGGCACGCUGUGGGCGUGGGCGGCGUGGGGGGCGCCGGCGGGCCAGGUGGUGGCGAAGAUCCGCGCCGUGGACGCCGACUCGGGCUACAACGCGUGGCUGCGCUACGAGCUGUGGGAGCCGCGGGGCAAGGGCCCGUUCCGCGUGGGGCUCUACAGCGGCGAGGUGAGCACGGCGCGGCCGCUGGACGAGGCGGACGGCCCUCGCCAGAGGCUGCUGAUCGUCGUGCGCGACCACGGCGAGCCGGCGCGCUCGGCCACGGCCACGCUCAGCGUGUCGCUGCUCGAGGCGGCCGAGGCGGCGCUGGCCGCGGGCCCGGGAUCGUCGCUCUCCUCCUCCUCGUCCUCGUCGUCCUGGUCGGCGUCGGGGUCGCGGUCGGCGUCGGGCGUGGAGCUCGGCGCCGGCGCGGCCAGCGCGGCGACCAACGUGUGGCUGGUGGUGGCGAUCUGCGCCGUGUCCAGCCUGUUCCUGCUGGCCCUGGUGCUGUACGGGGCGUCGCGCUGGGCGCCGCGGGCGGCCGUGCUCUCGGGGCCCGGGCCCACGACGCUGGUGUGCGCCAGCGAAGUGGGCAGCUGGUCGUACUCGCAGCGCCACAGCCGCAGCCUGUGCGUGGCGGACGGCGCGGCCAAGAGCGACCUCAUGGUUUUCAGCCCCAAUUUCCCUCCGCCGCCGCCCGGCGCCGCGGCCAAGGACACGCAGCCGGAGCCCUCCGCUCUCCUCGACACGGUCCUUGAACACAAGCCUGACAAUGGAGACCUAGAAAUAAAUCCAGACAACACAGCUCAUCUCCAUCAGUACCGGACACAUUGUUUUGCCAUACUUGCCUUAAGGAAGGAGAAGAGGAAGAAGAGAAGGGGAAGAGGAGGAGACAAAAGAAUCAACUAUUACCGCUGCGAAGGAAGGCAGUGCUCGGAAAGGAAAACGCGGAGCGCGUCGAGAGAGCGGGUGGAGCCAGGGCAGGUCCAUCCCCGCCCGGAGCCGCUGCGGCAGCGGGAAGAGAGCAGCAGAGGAAGGCUCCGCUCACGGAAGGAGCCGCAGUCGGACACCAGGUGCCGCUGUUGGCCGCGAAGCCGCCGUGAGACGCGGCAAGGCUGCAGCUCCUCCCCGAACCUCAGUCACGGCGCCGUCAGCGGGAGGAAGGAUGUGGCGGACGGGCCCGGGCAGGCGAUGAGAAAGCGGAGCGGCGUGCCUUUAGUCCCAGGGAGAGCCUAA